AUGACCGAGACCGAGCAGCGUUACAGCCAGACUGAAAAAGAAGCUUUGGCAACGACGUGGGCUAUCCAAAGGUUCGACGAGUUCGUCCGUGGCAUCCCCUUCGGCGUCGAGAGUGACCAACUGCCACUUGUUUCACUUCUGGGCAAGAUGGAACUGGACAUGUUGCAGCCUCGUAUUCAGAGACUACGGCUGAAGACCAUGCUAUACCACUUCCGUAUGCUGCACGUGCCAGGAAAGCUGCUAGCCACAGCCGAUACGUUGUCGCGCAUCACCUACAAGCCACCCACUCCUCUAGACACUAUCGAACUUUUUGCAGCGCAGGUAGUCGGCUGCACGUCGGAAGUCUUGCCACUCAGCCCUAAAGACGUGCGACAGACACAAGAGUCCGAUGGGGAGUGCAAAGCCCUCGCCCAGCUACUGCCAGCAUGGUUGGCCACAAAAGACCAAGAUACCACUGCACCUCUCAAAGUACGCCUCUGUGGCAGACGAGCUCUCUGUCUGCGACGGUGUUUUCCAAAAGGCACCCAGAUGGUCAUCCCAUUGUCCCUUCGGCCGGCGGUCUUGACACAGUUGCACGAAGGUGAUCAGGGCCUCAACAGGACCAAAGCCCUAGCUCGGGAGUCAGUUUGGUGGCCUGGUAUCUCGGCAGACAUCGCCUCUCUCGUCGCCAACUGUGAACAGUGCGCUCCCACCCGCGUGAACUUUGCCGAGCCUUUGCUCUGCACGGCCCUACCUGGACAUCCCUGCGAAUUCCUUGGAAUGGACUUGUUCCACCUCAACGGCCAGACGUUCAUCCUGGUGGUGGACUUUUACUCAAGGUUCCCUGAGGUGGCGAUCUUAAGGAGCACGGCAGCUCAGGCAGUCAUUGACGCCCUCAAAUCCAUCUUUGCCCGCCAUGGAACCCCGCAAGAAGUCAGGUCAGACAACGGCCCACCGUUCUCGUCGUAA